AUGGCAGCGAUAAGCCUUGGGGCACCCACUUGUUUACCCUACACAUCUUCAGGCCCAAGAGUGAGGGCUGCAUUAUCCCUUCACACCAACCCUCCAAAGAUUAACUCCCCUUCUCCACCCAAACUCGAAAGCAACCACUACCUGUCUAACAACCAGAGGCAGCUAGGGGAACAGACGCUCCUCUUUCCACAUGGAAAAGAAAAGGAGGAGCCUGUGCUCAUGGCCAGACUCCAGGCGGUGGCUGAGAUUGUCGCUGAUAGGGCCGAGAUGCACGCUAAUUUGGCAGAACAAAGGAAUAACUGGAACACCCUUCUUCUCAACUCCACCAAUUCAAUCACACUCGCGGCUGCAACCAUGGCAGCCCUCGCAUCAUUUCCGAGCUCCCAUCUUUCCCUCACCCUUUCCUCCACCUUCCUCUACUCGGCGGCCACUGCCAUGGUGUGCCUUAUGACCAAGAUCCAGCCCUCUCAAUUAGCAGAGGAGCAGAGGAAAGCCGCCCGACUCUUCAAGAGCCUCCACUCGCAUAUCCACUCCACAUUGGGCCUUCACCCCUCUUCCGCCCAGAGCUCUCAAUUUCUGGAUGAUGCCAUGGCUCAGGUGUUGGCUAUCGACGAAGCCUACCCACUGCCCUUGCUCCCUGGCAUGCUCGAAAAGUUCCCCUCUGAGGUGAAGCCCGCAAUGUGGUGGCCCAAGAGAGCUGCUACUGCUGCUCCUUCCAGGACCGAGGAGGAUAACGGGUGGAGCGCUGAGAAGGAGAGGGAGAUGGCAGAGGUGGCACGCGUGGUGAAGGAGAGGGACACAGCGGAGUACGUGAGGCUCAGCAAGCUGGUUUUGAACUGCAACAGGGUGAUGGCUGUGGCUGGGCCCAUCCUGAUGGGCGCUGCGACGGUGGGAUCGGCACUUGGGGGCUCAGCAACAGUGGUUGGCGUCGUGGCUGGUGCCUUGGCAUGUAUUGUAAACAGCUUCAGCCACGGUGGGCAGGUCGGGAUGGUGUUCGAGAUGUACAGGAACAACGCUGGAUUCUACCGGUUGCUUGACGAAUCAUUGUCGUCUUCCCUAGGCAAGCCUCCGGCGGAGAGGGAACACGCAGAUUUGGUGGAGACGAGAGUCGCCCUUCAAUUGGGAAGGAGUAUCUCAUCACUGCGCAACUUACCCACCUCUUCCAAAGAUCCAAAGGAGUUCGGAAGCAGGCUCUUCUGA